UAUAUGAGGCCUAUGUUACAGGCUGUCAUUACGCAUGAGGCCACUAUCAAGCCCUCUAUAUAGCCUCAUAGCCUCUCUCUCUUGCUUUCUGCUCUCCAAUAUGUUGAUGAAUCAUUUCCUCGUUUUGUUUAGAUUGUAACUCCACGCCAUUACAACAAUUCCAUCAACAAAGAGAAAGUCGUGAACAGCCAAUAGGGUCGAGGGGUUGAAAACGAGCCAAUCACGAUGGAAUCCACUCGCACCCAAAUUCUUCAUAGGGAUGGUGAUCUGGCUCAAGCCUGGAAGAAAACCGUGGAGCGGACCAGAGUGACAGACCACGUCAGAACAACGUGUGUAUUUAUCGUUGGGAUAUCUCUCUCUCUGUUCCGCGGUACAUUGAGCAACAAUUAAACAGAUUGUCAGCGGUGUCUGUCAGUGCUGUUUUACAGACAAGUUCAUCAGUUCAGAGCGCACUGACUAGAGACAAACUGCAAUAAGGAGUAGAUGUUGAAAGGAAUCUUUUCUGGAGUUGCCUGCCUGCAUUGAAGGCGCACAAUGUGGAACAUCAUUCCAUAGGGAUUUUAAUGACAGAUAUAUUAUUUCAUUUCAGACUUUAUUGACUGUAGUGAACUAACCGCCGCGUGAGCCAGAACCUUGGAGAUAGGACGGUAGGCACGAGGCACCGGGAGACAGGCAACAGACAUGAUGACGGAUAUCACCGGUGCAGAGUUUGAGAUCGACGUGGAGAGUCUGGAGACCGAAAGUGACGACCAGGACCUGCCGGACUACAGCUCCUCUCUGUCCUGCGCAGGAGACAACGAGCCGCGGGCCAAGGGAGAUGACAAUCCGGGCACCACCAGCCAGGGGUCCGGUGAACAGCGGAAGCUAAGCCGGACGCCGAAGUGUGCCCGCUGCAGAAACCACGGAGUGGUGUCUUGUCUGAAGGGGCAUAAGCGGUUCUGCCGCUGGAGGGACUGCCAGUGUGCCAACUGUCUUCUGGUGGUGGAGAGACAGCGGGUCAUGGCGGCUCAGGUGGCACUACGGAGACAACAAGCUACAGAGGAUAAAAAGGGAAUUUGUGGGAAGCAGAUUCCAGCAGAGAGAAGAGCUAUUUACCAGAGACACAUCAGACCAUCAACGAUGCUGGCUAAGAGCAUUCUGGAAGGAUACCGUCCGGUGCAGGGUGACCCGUACCUGGGGGCCAGCCCGUCCCUCCCGCCCCCCCUCAGCGACAGGAUGAGGAAGAGGAGAGCGUUUGCUGACAAAGAGCUGGAGAGGAUCAUGCUGGAGAGAGAGUACAAGGAGAGAGAGCUGCUAGGACCCUCACAGGCUGCUACAGCCUCUCUGCUCUUCCCCAACAGUCUGGUCCGGCAUGCUGCAGAGUACAAAUCCUACAAGACAGCCCCUGAGGAGCCUCAGCACAACAACAAGGAACUCUGUCGCUUCCUGUCACCCAGCUGUGUGGACCUCUCCCUGAAAUAUGCCGCCAGCCCCAGCAACAUGGAGCUCAUCUCCUCCAAUGUCUCCGUGGCGACCACCUACCGCCAGUACCCUCUGACCUCACAGCUGACCUCUCAGCGAGGGUUCAUGGUGUGGCCACGUGGCCCCUCUCUCCUGUACCAGCAGUGCCUGCGCAAUGCCACGGCCAUCCAGAACAUGAAGCCAGGUGCAGUCUGGGAUCCCAGGACGAUGGCCACUGCCGCAGAAAGCCUCCCACCCGACCACGACGCCACGGCAACCACUGCCGUCACUGCCGCAAAGGUAGAGGGGUCGAGGGUCGCUGUGGGCCUCCCCGAAGGUUUUGACCCCCAGCAGCAGGACGGCCACGCCCAGUCCCAGGCCCCUCUCACCCAGGGGGGGCACCUCAAACGAUCAGCCUUCUCUCCCCCGAAGAGAGGCUUCGGACAGGCCUUCCCUCCAAGUACAUCUCACCCCCAGCCUCACCCUCACCACCCCAGCCACGAACAUGUCCUGAACAAGCUGAGCAAGGACAGCGCCAAACACACGCUAUCCAUGAAGCUCAACUCUUUUCACUCACUCAUCCAGCAGACACUGAGUGAGAAGGCUAGGGCCGGGACUGGAGAGAGAGAGAGGGCUAGGGUAGAGGUAGGAGCUGGGGCUGGGGAGAGAGCUGGGACCGGGGUCGAGCUCCGGGGCCCCUACUGUAACGAACUGCUGGAGGAUGCAGCCAGAAAGUACCGUGAAGGACCUUCUAAGGACUUCUACAGUUUCAAAGGCUCUAAUAGAUACAGCAAGGAGUUCCUGUCUAAGUCAGCCGGGACGAAGGUCGUGUCCAGCCAGUCUCUAUCCUUCUCUGUGGAGGCCAUUUUGAAUAGGCCAUCACCGGCUAUGAACAGAGCAUCACACUAACUGUAUGAACAG